ACAGAAAAGCAAAUCAAAAACCACUCCGUAACAAACAGGAACAAAAUACUGAAUAUGUUAUUCCCCAAAGUGAUAUUCACUAUGCAUCAGACAAAAAAAAGGAUAUAACUGUUGUAUUAAUUUAUUCAUUGAAUAAUAACUUACGUUAUAAAAAGUACAUCCUAGACACAAUUCCAUCGUCUGAGUCUCCUAAUGGUACACCACCUGGAGCAAUCAGUACAACCACGAACACAGCUGCACCCCCAGCUGAAACUACUGCAGCUACACCAGCAGUUACAACUGCCUCUUCAGAUGCUACGUCUGAGGCAGCUACAUCUGCUGCUGGAGGGUCAGCUACAUCUGCUGCCGGAGGGUCAGCUACGUCUGCUGCUGGAGCGGCAGCUACGUCUGCGGGAGCUACAUCUGCUGCUGGAGGGUCAGCUACGUCUGCUACCGGAGGGUCAGCUACGUCUGCUGCUGGAGCGGCAGCUACGUCUGCGGCGGCUACAUCUGCUGCCGGAGGGUCAGCUACCACUGCUGCCGGAGCGGCAGCUACGUCUGCUGCCGGAGCGGCAGCUACGUCUGCUGCCACAGCGGCAGCUAUAUCUUCUGUGAUACCAUCGACUUCAGCCUUAACCUCAGUGAAUGAUCUGGAUUCUGAAGUACAGGAGGCUGUGGAAAAGAUAAAGAAUGAAGGUCUAUCAGGAGACACUAUUGGAAAAAUGUUCAAUUCUGUGUGUGAAAAGCUUAACAGCCAAACUGAUGAAUCAGAAAAAGAAGAUCGAAAAGAGCUGAGAGAGAAGAUGAUUGAUUUGCUGAUUGAUACAAUAAAGGAAUCUCCUUUAAAAAUUCCAGAAGAGGCUCACGUGGUAGCCAGAGUGCUUAUCUGUCUUAUCCAGAAAGGCGAUGAACUCAGUUUAUCUGCACAGAUUGAUGCUGCUGCAUUGUUUGCUAACAUCAGCCAAUCUCUCCUGGAUAUGAAUGUGAGCACAGCUGAAGACAAGGAAGCAUUUCUCUCUGCAGCAACGGCCAUAGUGGAAGGAGCAAGCAAGAUGUUUGAGUAUUCUUCCAGCAAAAACAUCUCUGAUGCUCUGCUUAAUGCUCUCAACUUUACACAAAGUGGUUUGUUGAAAACAAUGAAGAUUAACGAAGACCCGAUUAUAAUACAACAACCUCACAUUAAUCUACUAGUUAAAAGAGUGACACAUGAAAGUUUACACACAGAGCCCAUAAGUGCCAACUCCAGUUCUCAGCCCUCAUUUUCUCUGCCUCAACUGGCUUCUGACAUGUUUCCCUCAGAGGAACCAGUGGAUGUUCGAAUGCUGAGUUUAGAUAUAAACCCCUUUUCUUGGAACGAGAAAGGAAACAUCAGUGGCCUAAUAGGUGGUCUGUCCCUCACAAGACAAGAUGGAUCCGGUAUCCCUGUGGAGAACUUAAGUGAAGAUAUUGAGCAUCUAAAUUCACUAUUUGUUUUAAAGAUGGUGCCUUCAGAAGAUCCUCUACCCUUUAAACUUUUCCUUGGUUACAUGGAUUAUCCCACUGACACCAAUUAUGUAGCAAUGACCGAGAUGCCUCUUCCAGGAACAACUGAAGAAGAAAGAUAUACAUGGCUACUUAGCCCUACAACUUUUCAGGGAAACUCUGGGUUACAUUAUCUGGUGGUUAAACCAAUUGUUGGUCCAGGUAUAAAAUCUAUCAAUGCCACAUUAUCUAUUACCCCCAUCACAUCCUCAUGCAAAUUUUGGAAUGAAACUCUGUUGGACUGGGAGGAUUCUGGCUGCAGAGUUGGUGUGAAGACCACAAAUUUAGUCACCCAGUGUCUCUGCAAUCACCUCACAUUUUUUGGGAGCUCUUUUUUUGUGACUCCGAAUCUUGUCGAUCCUUCACGCACUGCUGAGCUUUUUGCAACCUUUGCUGAGAAUCCCGUGGUCGUGUGCUUUGUCGGGGCUCUGUUUGCGACCUACCUCCUUGCGGUUGUGUUGGCACGAAGAAAAGACAUUAAAGACACAGUCAAGGUGAAGGGAACAGUUCUUGAGGACAACGACCCUACGGAUACUUACCGCUAUCUGUUGUGUGUUUGCACUGGGCAUCGAAUGGGAGCCUCCACAUCUUCUCAGGUUAUAGUCACUCUCCUUGGCGCAGACGGAAACAGUAAGCCUCACCACCUGACUGAUCCAAAGAAGCCUGUGUUUGAGAGGGGAGCGGUGGAUUUGUUCCUGCUGACUACACCCUCCUGUUUGGGUGAGCUGCAGGGCAUCAGACUGUGGCACAACAAUUCUGGGAGUCAUCCUGCUUGGUUUGUUGGCAACAUCCUGGUUCAGGAUUUACAGACAGAAGAGAAAUGGUACUUUCUAUGCAAUUCCUGGCUUGCAAUAGACAUGGGUGAUUGCUGUCUAGAUAAACUCUUCCCUGUUUCCACGGAGAUGGACCUGAAGAAAUUCAGUAAUUUGUUCUUCAUGAAAACGGCAAAGGAUUUUAGUGAUGGUCACCUUUGGUACUCUGUGAUCAGUCGACCACCAAGCAGCACCUUCACCUGUGUACAAAGAGUGUCCUGCUGUUUCUCCCUGCUGCUCUGCACCAUGUUGACCAGCAUCAUGUUUUACGGAAUCCCAACAGACCCCUCCGACCAGGUCAUGGAUUUGGGUCACUUUGAGUUCACCUGGCAGCAGUUCAUGAUUGGGGUCCAGAGUUCCCUCAUCAUGUUUCCCAUAAAUAUCCUCAUAGUCAGCGUCUUCAGAAACACUCGUCCUCGAGAGACUUCCUGUUGUCAAAACAAAGAAAAGAAAAGAAAUCGCCUCCAGAAAAAGAGUGGUGUCCACACGGUUUCUCUGCAAGUGACAAGCACCAACAGCAACGAUGAAAGCUCCACUAUGGACAUCCUCAUAAAAGAUAUUGCAAGAAUCCUUCAAUCACUCUCUGAGACAACCAAAUACACAGACCCAUCCAACAAGUCUGGGCCCGGAAAAGAAAGUGACAUUAAUACUGUUCUUACAGAGGUGGAAGAAUUACUCAAACAGAAUACCAAAUGCAGCAAUGACACCAAGACAGUGACACCGUCUCAACUAUCUGCUGAAGACAUUCAAAAGAAGAGCAACAAAACCCAGCAUCUGUACAGACAAAUAUGUCACCUUGAAGAGCAGCUGAGUGUGGAAGCCCCGUCCAGCUUCUCUAGUCCAUACAGUUUGGAUAAGGCUCAGCACCAGAUCCAGGCGGUGAAGAGCCUCCUUGAACAACAGCUUUUCACAUCCAGCCAUGUGGAUCAAAAUGAACCCAUACAUGAGAAGUCUAAUCCUGAGCAUGGCAUAUCAAGGGAUGGCGGUCAGAAAAAAAAGCAGCAGCGUAAGGGUUUGCUACCCUGGUGGUUUAUCUUUGUUGGCUGGCUGCUGAUAAUUGGAACCAGUUUUGUAUCAGGAUAUUUCACAAUGCUGUAUGGACUUAAAUUUGGGAAGGAGCGUUCCAUCAGCUGGUUGGUAUCCAUGGUUGUGUCCUUCUUUCAAAGUCUUCUCUUUAUUCAGCCACUGAAGGUAAUAUGCUUUGCAGUUUUUUUUGCACUUGUAAUAAAAAAAGUUGAUGAAGAAGAUUUUCAAAAUGUGGCAUUUGAAAGAAGUGAAAGAAAAUCUGGUAAUCAACAAACAAACCAGUGGGGUUACCAGCUCUACGAUCCACCUCCUCCUGCAGACAUUGCGAGAAUGAAGAGGAACAAGAUCAUGGAACAGAAGGCAUUUGCUUUGCUUACUGAAAUUUUUGUUUACAUAGGUUUCAUGUGGAUGCUACUGCUGGUGGCCUACGGUCAGAAAGAUGGCAAUGCUUUUUUGCUGAAACGACACAUUAGAAAUAGCUUCAGUAAAGGUGUCCAGAACAGCAUGACUCUCCAGGAUGUGUUUACAUGGGCUAACACCACUUUACUGAAAAACCUUUUUGGGUCGUACCCAGGAUUUAUCACAGAUGGAAACUCCAAGCUCGUAGGAAAUGCCCGUCUUCGUCAAUUAAGAGUUCAGCAGAACUCGUGUCAGAUUGCAAGUCUCAUGAUUGGAUUAGUGCCAGACUGUGAUGCCCUAUAUUCAUCUGAGAUAGAGGAUGUGGGGUCUUACGGAUCUGGCUGGAAUCACUCUGUUAAGGAUAAUAUUUCAACAAGUGCCUUGUCUCCAUGGAUGUACCAGACUGAAGCCCAGCUCAGGGCUAGACCUUUCUGGGGGAGACUGGUGCUCUAUAGAGGAGGGGGCUUUGUGGCUGAGCUUGGCCCAAUGUUUCAAAAUGCCAGCAGAACGCUUGAGUAUCUUUUCCGCAAUAAAUGGCUUGAUAAGUACACAAGGGCAAUCUUUGUUGAGUUCACCGUUUACAAUGCAAAUGUAAACCUCUUCUGCAUCAUCACACUCUUGAUGGAGACCUCAGCAGUUGGAGCAUUUCAGUUCUACACUGAUCUGCAGACUAUUCGUCUCUACCCGUCAACAGGGGGACUUUACUUCUUUGUUAUGGCUGCUGAGAUAAUUUACAUGCUUUUCAUUCUCUAUUACAUGUUCAAGCAGGCCAAAUUAUUGAAGCAACAGCGGUGGGUUUAUUUCAAGAACAAGUGGAACCUUCUGGAGCUGAGUAUCAUCCUGCUAAGCUGGAGUGCUGUGGGAGUGUUCAUUCAAAGGACCUUGCUCGGAAACCGCGAUUUGACUUACUACCAAAACCACAAAGACCAAUUUGCCAGUUUUUAUGAGACAGCUAUAGCUGAUUCAACGCUUCAGUAUCUGAUUGCCUUCAUUGUCCUUCUAUCCACUGUCAAACUGUGGCACCUUCUCCGACUAAACCCCAAGAUGAACCUGAUCACGGCUGCCCUGCGUCGAGCAUGGAAUGACAUAUCAAGUUUUCUACUGAUCAUUGUGAUCGCGUUAGUGGCAUAUUCAGUUGCAAGCAAUGUGAUUUAUGGCUGGAAGAUUUCAUCCUACAAAACCUUUAUAGAUUCUCUUUUGACCAUCAUCAGGCUGCAGAUCGGCAUAUUUAACUAUAAUGAGAUUUUGGAGAGUCACCCUGUGCUUGGAGGAUUGCUGUUCGGUUCCUGCAUUGUCCUAAUGACUUUUGUGAUUCUAAAUCUCUUCGUUUCAGUUAUUCUUGUAUCGUUGAACAUGGAGCAAAUAAACCAUAAGCCUUCUGAAGAUGAAGAGAUUGUUGACCUCCUUCUGACCAAACUCUGCAAUCUAUUUGGCUUCAAAUAUCAAAAUGGAAAAGACCCCACGGAUCCUGAUAAUGAGAGGAGCAGCAACCUGACAAUUAAUAAAAACAAGGAUACCCUUAUCAACUCCUGAGCUGAUGCCAGCAUUUAUUAAAGGUGUGACAACUAAAACAAACAUGAAUAUAUUUUAAUUUGAAUAGUUUUCAAUUUAAGGCAAUUGUGCAAUGAUAUGCAUGUUGUAAAAAGUAAUUUCUCUUUUGGUUUUAAUUUUUUGUUUAUUUUGAAUGAGUCAUUGUUUUGGUUUUAGGCAUAUGUUUUAAUAUAUAUAUGUAUAGAUAGAUUUGACACAGAGUAUGCUAUCUUAUUAGCCUAUUGUCUUUAACAUUUUGUCUAUUCUGCUUCUUGACUGUUUUGUAGAGUUUUAUGUAAUUCAUUGGGUUUUUGCUAUAAAAUAGCAACAACUGGAUAGUCUUUUGAAAAGUGUUUGAUAAAGUCUGAACCAGUUGUUAAUAAUACUUCUGCCAUUUCCCCCACACUGAAGCCUGAAUACAUUUUAAAUGACAUCUCAGUCUAUAAACAAUGUUUUAGCCAGUAUAGCAGCUGCUUUGUGUCAAGUUCGAAUGACCUUAAUCUCUGUUAGUUUUCCAUCUAUUUUGUUGAAUUUAGAAUUAUUCCUUCAUCUCAUAGUAAUUACUGUUUUUGUUGUUUUUGGAAGAACAUCCAGGAACUUGUGCAUUAAAUCAAACUUUCUUGCAUCUUUCUUGCCGUUUUUCUGUGCAAAUAAAGACGGAAAUCUUA